AUGGCGCAACAAGGCGAAGCCGCGGGCUACUAUACUGGCGCGCCACAACAGCCACAACAAAGCUAUUACCAGGGCCAGCAAUAUGGCCAGCAACAACCCAUGAACUACAGCCAACAACCUCCACAAUAUGGUAACAGCUAUGCGCCUCCUCAGGGUCCACCGCCCCCGCAGCACCCACAGCAGCAAACUGGCUAUGAGCAGACGAACUAUGGGGAGAAGCCAACAUUCGAUCAGGCCUUCAAGGUGGAGCGGCCCAAGUACAAUGAUUGGUGGGCCGGUUUGCUGCUUAUCGCAGUCUUCUUGGGAUAUGUCGCUGUAUCUGCGAUUUCUAUUAGAGGAUACGCGCAAAAUAUCAACUUCAAUGGUGGUAUUUACGGCAGUCGCAAUGACUUCGGACUGGAUUCUAACACCGUCAUCCUCUUCGCAUUCGUCCUCGGCAUGGCCACUAUCUUCUCGUACGCAUACAUGUGGGCUGCGCGCGCCUUCACCAAGCAGUUCAUCUGGAUCACCGGUAUUCUGAACAUUAUUUUCGGAUUCGUCACAGCGUUAUACAUGCUUUCGCGCCGUUACUGGUCUGGAGGCAUCGUGUUCUUGCUGUUCAGCAUCUUCUACGUGAUCUGCUUCAUCAGCUGGAUUCCCCGUAUCCCCUUCAGUGUCCUUAUGCUGCAGACUGCGAUCGACGUCUCAAAGAAAUUUGGCCAUGUGUACCUGGUCUCUCUCAUCGGAGGACUCAUCGCCAUGGCAUUGAGUGCUUGGUUCUCGGUCACACUGGUUGCAAUCUACGCAAACUACCACCCUGGCAACAACCCCGCAUGCAACAAUGGAAGUGGGGGCUGCAGCAACGGCAAGGUCAUUGGUCUCAUCGCAUUCGUCACGUUCGCCAUGUACUGGUUCUCUGAGUGGCUCAAGAACACCAUUCACGUCACCAUCUCUGGCGUGUACGGUUCCUGGUACUUCAACCCAGAUGGCGAGAAGUUCCCCAAGGGUGCAACGCGCGGCGCCUUGAAGCGUGCCUUGACCUACAGCUUUGGCAGUAUCAGUCUGGGUAGCUUGUUGGUGGCCAUCAUCCAGUUCCUGCGCCAGCUCUGCUCUGCCGCACAGCGAUCAGCAUCCGGCGACGGCAACUUGGUCGGCUCGAUCUUGUUCUGCGUUCUUGGUUGUCUGAUUGGCUUUCUCGAGUGGGCUGUCGAAUUCUUGAAUCGUUAUGCGUUCUCGUACAUUGCACUGUACGGCAAAUCGUACAUUGAUGCUGCUAAGGAUACCUGGAAGCAAGUUUUGAUGAUCAAAGACCGCGGUGUCGAUGCCCUUGUCAACGAAUGUCUCAUCGGCCCGGUGCUCUCCAUGGGUGCAACCUUUAUCGCGUACGCAUGCGCGCUGCUGGCUUACCUGUACCUCAUUUUCACAGCCCCCGCAUACAACCGGGAUGGCGGCUAUACCCCCGUCGUGGUCGCAUUUGCCUUUCUCAUUGGUCUGCAAAUCUGCAAAAUCUUCACGACACCGUUGAGCAGCGGUAUCGACACAAUCUUUGUCGCAAUGGCUUGGGAUCCGGAAGUUCUUAUCCGUGCCCAUCCAGAUCUCUAUCACCGCAUGGUCGCCGUGUACCCUCACGUGCAGCAGGCUAUUCACGCGUAA